GAUUGGUUUGGAUUUUGUAUCGUUUUACAGCAUUACUUAUUUUAUUUCGUGUUUAUUACCAUUUGUUAUUAUGUUAUUAAGAGUUGUAUAACGUAUGUGUAGUUAUGUGCACUUGGUCGUCAGUUGGGGGAUGGAUGGCAGGGGCAGAAUUAUGAAAUCAGACACAAUUACCAGAACGAUAUAUCAUAAUUACUAUUGAUUUAGAUAUUGGGACUGUCAAGUGCUAUUGAAAUAUUUUAUGUACUUAUGUAUGCAUUGCAUAUCUAGAAGGGUUCAUUGCUAAGUAGGUUUGUUCAGAUUUAUAGUCUCAAUUUAAGGAAUUUACUAUUUAAACCUUUUCAAAAGAAAAAUACACAUAAUUUAGUUGUUUCUACUGGGAAACAAUUUUGGAAACAUUUGUCAAUACAAUACUUUAUAUUUACAAAUAAUUAAACAUUACUGCUGUACAUUUUCAAAAUUUCCAUGCAUAUAGAAACUUUUUUAAACUCCAGCUCCAUUUAAUAUUUUGCUGUACGGACACAAAAAACCAACGUAAAACUUUACAUCAUUUUUUACUACUGAUCAUUUAAAUUUAAUUUAAUCAUAACCAUAUGCAACUUUAAAAUUAAACUAAAAAACAUGACCCAAAUUUUGUUUUAAUUUCCAUACACAAAGUUUCAAAAAACCGUCGCAACUUGUCUCCAAGUUCUCAAUCGGUCCCCAACCCGUUGAGACGAGACAUUGAAAUACACAAAACGUGGGAAUUGAAAGGAAAAAAACCACAAUCACUCAGAUGCAAUUAAGAAAAAAAGUUUCCCCUCUGCGUCCUUGGUAUUUAUUUUGUGGUAGAUUUCAACCAAAUGUUCCACUACCGUCCGUUUUGACAUGUUCAUUAAAAAUGUGGACAAAUUUUCAAAAAUUGGGUUCUUCUGCCCUUAAAUUUGGAGGAAUUUGUGCAAAAUGGGGGAUCAUUCUGCAUUGCACGUUCGAAUAUGUGGGGGAUUUUGUCAUUUGUUCCGGGCCAAGUAUGGAGCCCAACAUUCGAAACCACGACAUCCUCUUCACGGAGCACAUAUCCCCAAAAAUGGGGACUUUAAACCGAGGUGACAUUAUAAUUGCAAGAUCACCAUCAAAUCCUUGUCAAUUCGUUUGCAAACGGGUGGUAGCCUUACCAGGGGACCAUUUACUUCAGACUGAUGGAAAUCUUAAACAUAUACCCAAAGGUCACAUUUGGAUCGAGGGAGAUAACUCACCAAAUUCAACCGACUCUCGGAUGUACGGCCCCAUCCCGAUCGGACUCGUGAGGGGACGAGCCAUUCUGAGGCUAUGGCCCUUGCUAGAUGCCAAAUUUCUCUUAACACCUAACCGAAUGUAGUCUAUAAAGUUUACAAUACAAUGUUGAAAUUUUAAAAAAGGAAGUGAUAUUAAUAAUAAUAAAGGCAAAAAAGGCAAUCAUAAUAGAUGA